AGGAAAGAGAGAUGCUCAGCUCUAAAGGGCCUGGCUGCUGCUGGGGCUGACCAGAAAUUCAGGUGCAAACAGAAUUUACAGACUGUACCUCUCAUUUCUUCAGUGCACUAUGGCAUUGCCUGGUUGUUCUGCCCGGAGCUGCAUCCUGAUGUGAUUGUGAUCUGUGGAUGGGCAGAUUCCUGGAGCUAAUUCUAAACGUAUUUCAUGAUAUUUGAACCGGGCUUUUGUCUCCAAGCUGGACACCACAGCUACUCUAUUCUCCAUGCUUGAGUCAAUUGUCCCAAGUCUGCAAGAAAUUAUUUAAAACUUGCUCCCUUUUUUGAGUUCUGCUCUGAAAUGUGCCUUUAUAGGGGUGCCUCCUGGCUGGAGUGCCACCUCCUGUCCCAGGGGGUGCCUCCUAGCCACCUGCUGUUAGCUCACACUGGGAGCAGCUUCAUUGCUGGUCGUGCUUUCAGCAUGACAGAAUAGACCUGGUCUGUUUACGUAGGAUUGCAAAUUCUAUGUGCAAAAAGUGAUAAUCAGUUACAAAAUGGAUUUUCAGUAGUUUGCUAAACUUUAGCUCUGUUCUCAGCCAUCCCUUUGCAGUUCCCCAGCUUCAAGGAAAGAGAAUGAAUCUCCUAAUUCCUCUAACUUUGGUAUGAACUUGAGGGAAAUGUGCAACAUAUUAAGGGACAUUUUAUCUUGUUCUCCUUUUUUUUAUUGUUCUAUUUAGUGAAAGAGUAAAUUUCUGUAUUUUCAUUUCAAAUACCUACUUUGUACACACUAUUUACCCCCCUCCAGCCCAGUUCAGGGUGCACCAAAGCCUUCUCUUUGCAGCCCAGCAUCCUCAGAAAGUGCAUCAGCAGUCUGUGGGAGUCGCCCCACUCUCCAGUAAUGGCUGUACUCCAGAAAGGACAGAAAUGUGCCAGGACUUUGUUUACCCUUGGGAUUGAGCAUCCCUGGCAAUCUGAGUGGUCUCUGCAGCUCCUGCCUGGAUCCCACACGAUGGCACUCAUUGCUAAGGAGCUCGUGGUGCCCCCCAGCUUCCUCCUGCCUGCCAGUGUUCUGCCUUGGCACACCCACAACUCAGUUUUUCCUCCUAGGGACCCUACCCUGCCACCUUGCCCUUCCUCUGUGAGUUUAACUGCAGAGCUGGGAUGCAAAACACCUUUUCUUAAGAAGUACCUGGUUUUAAGUGAGGACCCUGAACAGUGAAGCAGUCCCAAUGCUAUCACCAACAACUAAAGUGUGUCUUCUUUUCACAUUGCACAUGAUCUUUCUUCACCUUCCAGCCCCUGAGCUGAGCUUUCUGCUAAGUUAAGUAGCACUGCACUGUCUGAAAUUGUCUCUCCAUUUAAAUGCUCUUUCCUUCUUUCUGAUUAAUGAAAAAGAAUCUCUCCAGGUUACCAAGACAUUAUUACACAUCUCCUUACCUCCUGGACCUUCCAGGAACUACUGAGUGUGUGGACACCGGGAUCAAAAGGUCCUUCCCAUGCAACUUCCUAUACUGUUGGUAUAUACUGAGAAACUUUGAAGUGAAAAAAAUGCCCACAGUCCAUGGCCAAGAGCACCAGGUGAAGUCCAAGAAAAGAUGAACCAAGGACAGUGCUGAUGCAGCCAAAGCAUCUGAGAGGAUUCCCGUCCUGUGAAAUAUUUCCAACCAACCGACUGUCCGUUCUCUGCUGGAUGCACGAAUCUGUACCAGUGAUGACUGAGAGACGCAUUUCUCCUGGAGGACUGGGAGAAGGCUGGCCUGAUGAUUACCUGCUUGGAGAAGUUGAGUGUCUCUCUUUGUAGCACUCAUAGCACACUGCAAAGCCAUUCAUGGCCCACAUUCAGGAUGCCUUUCAAGAAGGGCUGGGCUGGCACAAUGUAAGUAAUUCUGGUACUCCUGGGUGGAAGUGAGUGAAAGGCCUGAAGGAAAUCUGUCCUAGGAUGUUUUCUUCAGGUUUGUAAAGACUUCAGGUUACACUAAGUGAAUCCAAGGAAAAGUAUGGAAAGCCUGUAGAUUGCAUGCUGUGCUAUAAUGUGUGCCAACACACUGAGUUCUGGUACCUAACAUCUGACUUCAGCAUUCAAAGACUAAAUGUUGAGAGAAAACUGAAUGGUCUGGAGAAAUAAAUAAAAACAAAGAGCUGUACUCUUCAAAAAGAAGUCUUGAUUUGCAAAUCUGUCAGAAAUUAUAUCUACAGAAAGAAUCCACACUGUAUUGUUUUGUAUCUUGAGUACUCUACUAAUAAAGUGUCCCUUGUAAAUACCAAAAACAUGACAGUCAACUAUUAGAAAGGGAAAAUACUCUUGAGGGCAGCUUUAUCCCAAGCAAAGGGACAUUAACUACGUGCCCAGAUGUUUGUGUUCUGUCUCUCACCCUUCAGUAUUGAUUUGCAGCUUUGCAGAAGGUUAGUUCAGAAAAAAAGACAAAGUCAUCUUCAAGAUGAAAAUGAAACCCACCUGAGUUCUCGUCACUUAAUAGUACUGCUGGCAUUGUUGUCCACCAGAUUGAUAUCUGGAUGAUAAUGUUAACAUUUUGCUUUAACAAUGAUGUCAUUGAUGUGAUGUGAUGGAAGAUCUUGUUUCAGAGAAUCCCUUGUGCUGUGUCAGCUGAAGUUUUCAACAUGUUAAUAUUUCUUCAGUGUUGGACUGAAGUAUGAAAAGUUCUGUUCCAUCAAAAAAAGUGAGCAUCUUUCUUCAUUGUCCUAGAAAGAUUACACUGGAAGGUGAAAUCAGAGCAGAGGAUGACUCAGUACAACCAUUCAGCAGAGUUCUCUCUCCAGAGCUCAGCAAAUAAGUCAUUAAAUUUCACUGAAACACCACUGGCUUGGGAUGAAAGGACACUCUUAGGGCUGAAGAUUUCCCUGUCAAUCCUUCUGUCUGUUAUAACUUUGGCAACAAUCCUUGCAAAUGUUUUUGUUAUUAUUACAAUUUUUCUAACUAGAAAGCUCCACACACCUGCAAAUUACCUCAUUGGCUCCUUGGCAGUGACUGAUCUUUUAGUGUCUGUCCUGGUCAUGCCCAUCAGUAUUGCUUACACUGUCACCCACACGUGGGCCUUUGGCCAGGUGCUGUGUGAUAUCUGGUUGUCAUCAGACAUCACCUGCUGCACAGCCUCCAUCCUCCACCUCUGUGUUAUUGCCCUGGACAGGUACUGGGCUAUCACAGACGCUCUGGAAUACACCAAACGCCGCACUGCUGGCCGAGCAGCCCUCAUGAUUGCAGUGGUCUGGAUGAUUUCUGUCAGCAUUUCUGUGCCCCCAUUUUUCUGGAGGCAAGUGAAAGCUCACGAAGAAAUUGCAAAGUGUGCUGUGAACACAGAUCAAAUUACCUACACAAUCUAUUCCACUUGUGGAGCUUUCUACAUCCCUACUGUGCUCCUCCUGAUAUUGUAUGGUAGAAUUUAUGCAGCAGCUCGAUCCAGAAUUCUGAAGCCACCCUUGUUAUGUGGGAAACGUUUUACCACUGCACACCUGAUCACCGGCUCUGCGGGCUCUUCUCUCUGCUCCAUUAAUGCCAGCCUCCAGGAAGGGCAUUCCCACUCAGGGGGAUCCCCCAUAUUUAUCAAUCAUGUUAAAAUAAAACUUGCAGACAGUGUCCUGGAAAGGAAAAGAAUUUCUGCUGCAAGAGAAAGGAAAGCCACCAAAACUUUAGGCAUUAUUUUGGGAGCUUUCAUUUUCUGCUGGCUGCCUUUUUUUGUCAUGUCCCUAGUCCUACCCAUUUGCCAAGAUGCCUGUUGGUUUCAUCCCAUCCUACUGGACUUUUUUACCUGGUUGGGUUACCUGAAUUCAUUGAUCAAUCCAGUCAUUUAUACAGCUUUUAAUGAAGAAUUUAAACAGGCUUUCCAAAAACUAAUACUUUUCAAAAAGUGUUCAUCUUGAGGCUCUCCCCUCGUGUUACUGACCCUUGUGUAAUCUCAUAGCCUACCUGAAACUUUCCAUGCUUUUAUUCCUAAGGAACAGAGUGGUAAUUGCCAGCUCUGCUGCUCCCCCGUUCUGUGCAUGUAACUGGGAACUUCUCGCCAAUUCAAGACUCUCUGUCUGGAAUUCUGCAUCCCAUAACAACUUGUCCGUGGUCUCUGCAGUGAUCAUGUGUGUAUAUAAGAUCAACAACACAUCAAAUAAGCUUUGUAACAAGGGAAGUGCAAACAAGGGAGCUGGGCUUGUGUGAGGAGGUGACACAUUAUCCAAUUCUACCAUGCUUUGUAACCUGGUGGGAGGAAAUUGUGCAUGUGUUUGCAGGAUGUCAGUAUUUCUGCUGUAUAUUAUUAAUCAUGUAUGUAGGCUGAGAAAGUUUCUGGAGAGCAGGAUCUGAUAUCUACAUUUUCUGUGGCCUGUAUCAUAUCCCCAUGAAGCUGAUAAGAGCUGUAACUUUUUCAGAAGUUGUGUGACACAGCCUGGCUAUAACCAGCAGCAGGGCAGAGAGGCAUGUAAGUUAUAUGAAUAUUUCACAACUGCUGCAUUUGAAGCUAUGUUUUUGGUGCACUGCAGAAAGAAGACAAUUUAUUUGAGGCAAUUUUUACACAUUUUAUCAUUAGUAGAAUAGCCAGUGCAGAAAUACUACAAAAUAAAUAGCAUGAAAAUUAUUGAGAAGUA